AUUGACGUGGAAUUGUUUAUUCACGGUGUGUUGCCAGUUGAAAAAAAAAUCGUCAACAAAGUAACUCCGGAGCAAAUUUUUGCGUCGAAACAAGGGUGAAGAAAUCUUUAUUUUAUACGUGAUGUUAAUAACACGUAGAUAGUUGGUGUUUGCUUUGUUGUUUUAUUUUGAGUUCGAAGGCAACUUAGUUCCAGGGGAGAAUCGAAAACGUUGCGAUUUUAAUACUUCUGACGAAUACCACAAAAGUGGGCUUAUCAGUGCUACGUGUCGAUUGUUUUAAUUUUCCGUUUUGCUGUUAGGUUGAGGCUAAAGAUGCUGAAAGCCGUGAUUCUGAUCGGUGGUCCCGAAAAGGGAACCCGUUUUCGUCCACUCUCGCUAGAUACACCAAAACCACUGUUUCCGGUAGCGGGGAAACCCAUCAUACAGCAUCACGUUGAAUCGUGCGUUCGGAUCAAAGAGCUAAAGGAGAUCCUUAUCCUUGGUUUCUAUCCCUCCACCCAGAUGCAACAGUUUGUAAGCAACAUGCAGAAUCUUUACGACGUCAACAUUCGCUAUCUGCAGGAAUUUACGGCCCUCGGUACGGCCGGUGGAAUGUACCACUUUCGGGAUCAGAUUCGUUCGGGCAAUCCAAUUGCAUUCUUCGUGCUGAAUGGAGACGUUUGUGCGGAUUUCCCACUGCAGGAGCUGUAUGAUUUCCAUCGCAGCAAGAAGGAAAAUGUGCUCGUUUCGAUUAUGGGCACGGAAGCAACGCGUCAGCAGGCCGUACACUACGGUUGCUUGGUGCUGGGCAAAGACGAGGAAGUGACGCACUACGUGGAGAAGCCACGGUCCUAUCUGUCGACGCUGAUCAACUGCGGCGUGUACGUGUGUUCGAUGGACAUUUUCGCCAAGAUGGGAGCCGUGUUUCAUUCAAAACAACAGGACUAUAGCACGCUUAACAAUGGCAACGGUAAGGAUAGUGGCCAUAUUCAGUGGGAGCAGGAGAUUCUUACACCGUUGGCCGGAACGGGCAAACUGUACGCGCUGCCAGUGAACAACUGGUGGUCGCAGAUCAAAACGGCCGGUUCGGCCAUCUAUGCUAACCGACACUACCUCGCACUGUACAAGAAAGCGCACCCGGAUCGUUUGGCAAACGUUGGUUCCAAGACGGAGAAUGGUAAUGCAAAUCUGGUUUGCAAUAUUAUACCGGAUGUACACAUUCACCCGACGGCUUCGGUACAUCCUACGGCAACGCUUGGUCCAAACGUUUCGAUCGGGCCGGGAGUAGUGAUUGGGCCGGGAGUUCGUGUUCGUGAAUCCAUCGUCCUGGAGAAUGCAGUCAUCAAAGACCAUUCGCUAGUGCUCCAUAGUAUCGUGGGCCGAGGUUCGCAGAUAGGAAUGUGGGCACGAGUCGAGGGCACUCCGAGUGAUCCGGAUCCAAACAAACCGUUUGCCAAAAUGGAAAAUCCACCACUGUUCAACACGGACGGUCGGUUAAACCCGUCCAUCACAAUACUGGGUUAUGCCGUUAGCGUGCCUUCGGAGAUGAUCGUACUGAAUUCGAUCGUACUACCGCACAAAGAGCUAAGUCGCAGUUUCAAAAACGAAAUCAUCCUAUAACGGGUGGGAUGUUACCGUGAGAGGGAGUUGAUGGAAAGGAUAGGUUACUGAUAUGUUACGGAAGGGUUUGAUCAGUGGCGGAUCAAGCUCCUUGGAGUCUCUAGGCGGAAUAGCAAUUGGGGGUCCUUAUCAAUACAAAAGUGCUCAUCGGAAUUAAUUUACUUGAGAUUUGAGACAAAUUUUAGUUUUUGGUUCUUACACAAAAUACACGACAUUUUACAUCGCCGGCUAAUGUUAUAAACUCACGUCUGGCAGAAACUGUCUUAUCAAUUACUUCUUGUAAAAAUCUUACUUCCUAUAUUUCUGAUUGAAUCUGGUUUACUUACCGGAGUGUGGACGAUACUUUGUACGCAGGAUACUUUGCUGUCAUAAACCACAGGAAAGGAUUCACUUCGGAAGGCAAAAUUGCUUCUUCGUGGCCACUUUGCUUUUACACACUUUUCUCUUUUCUUUUUUACAUACAUGAGACACUUUGGCAUAUUUAAAACACUACACUAGCCUACUACAAUGGCUACAUUUUUCACCCAAUAGACGAAUCACGACUUCACGCAAUAAAUAAUAAUCUCUUCGAGCAAUAGAUAUCACUUUUUGGCACUAAAAAACCCAACCAACGCUUCCUUUUUCUCUAUGCAGAAUGGCAUAUAGGCACUUCUAUGCGCUUAGGCACAUUUAAAACACUACACUAGCCUACUACAAUGACCACAUUUUUUAAAACACGAAUACACGCAAUAACCAAAAAGCUUAUUUAGAAAUUGACAUAACUUUUUUUCAUCACAAAACAACACUUCCUUUUUUCUGUGCCAAAAAACCCAAACACUUCAAUGCGCUUUGGCACAUUUUAAACACUACACUCGGCAAAAAAUGGCCGCAUUUUUCACGCAAUGAACAAUAAGCUCAACGAGCAAUAGAUAUCACUUUUUGGCACAAAAACCUUGCUGACACAAAGGCACAUACGCACUUCAACAUGCUUUGGCGUAUUUAAAACACUAUUAAACGCAUUUUUAAAAACACAAAUUCACCAAAUAAGCAAGCUCAUUGAGAAAUGAAC